GAUGUGGUGGAGGGGGGUUUAUCGUGUGAUCAGUACACUGUGCGGAGUGAAAGGGGUUUUGCUAAUAAAGCAUUUGUUAUUCAAAGCCAAAGCUGCAGAAUCGCCGGGGCGCGCUCACUGGGUCGGCGAGAGCGCGCAGAAGGAGGGCAGGGAGUCCAGAGAUUGGAGAGAAAUGUGACCAGAGGUCCAUGUCUGUGUCCUCGGCUCCUCGGCAGACGAAUAUCAAUUCUGCUCAUUGGCAGAAGGAGGAGGGCGCCAUGGCAGAUAAGGGAAGGCUGAGUUUCCCCGGGGCACUGAACAGGCCAGUGCCCAUGAACUUGUUUGCCACCUGGGAGAUAGACGGCUCCAGUCACAGUUGUAUCCCCAGGCUCUGCAGUCUGACUCUCAAGAAACUGCUGAUUGUAAAAGAACUGGAUAAGGAACUUAUUUCGGUGGUUAUUGCUGUAAAAAUGCAAGGCUCAAAACGGAUUCUGCGUUCUCAUGAGAUUGUGCUGCCACCUAGUGGACUAGUAGAAACGGAUCUUGCACUGACAUUUUCACUACAGUACCCUCACUUUUUGAAAAGGGAAGGAAAUAAAUUACAAAUAAUGCUGCAGAGGAGGAAAAGAUAUAAAAAUCGAACAAUUCUGGGUUACAAAACUCUGGCAAUGGGAUGCAUCAACAUGGCUGAGGUUAUGCAAUAUCCAUCUGAGGGAAGCCAAAUCCUGAGCCUUUUUAGCAAUAUGAAGGAGGCAUCUACCAAGGUAGCAGACAUUUGGAUAUUUUCGCUCUCCAGUCAGCCAAUUGAUCAUGAGGACAGUGCCCUUAAUACCAGCCAGAAGAUAAAAUCCACAGAUAACUAUUCUGAAGAGGAGUAUGAAAGUUUCUCUUCAGAACAAGAAGCCAGUGAUGAUGCUGUUCAAGGACAGGACCUGGAUGAUGAUGAUUUUGAUGUUGGAAAACCAAAGAAGCAGCGAAGAACGAUAGUAAGAACAGCGUCUAUAACCCGGCAACAGAACUUCAAGCAAAAAGUAGUUGCUCUAUUAAGAAGAUUUAAAGUUUCCGAUGAGGUACUCGACUCUGAGCAGGACCCAGGGGAACAUGUGACAGAAGUUGAAGAAGACAUUGACUUGUUGUAUGACGCACUCGAUAUUGACAAUCCAAGUGAUAGUUGCCCAGAAAUGGAAGAUGAUGACAGUGUACUCAGUACACCAAAGCCAAAGUUAAAGCCUUAUUUUGAGGGUCUUUCACACUCCAGCUCUCAAAAUGAAAUCGACAGUUUGCAAAGCAUGAAAAUUCAGAAAGACUUACCCAGCCCUCAUAGUACCAUCCACAACGAGAGACCUCAUUGUGACAUCACCCAAUCAGCAUACACUGAUAUUGACAUACCUGAAAGAAAUACCUCUCUUCCAAAGCACCUUGACAGCAUAUCUGACACAGUUUCAUUGGACAUUUCUAGUCAAGAGACUCAGGACACUGAACUUUCAACAUUGGAUGUUUUCAUUGAGCGGUUACCACCCACUGGAAAGAUAACCAAGACUGAAUCAUUGAUUAUUCCUUGUACUCGUUUGGAAGGGAAGCAAACGGGUCGUCGUGGUAGAAGUACUUCUUUAAAGGAAAGACAGACCUCCAAACCGCAGAAUGAACGUGCAAAUAGCUUGGAUAACGAACGAUCGCCUGAUACAAAGAACCAUCUCCAGGGUCGGAUAUGCCUGAUCUUCACGGAGACCAUUCAAGCUACCUGUCAGAUACCCAGAAAAACAGUUUAUGAUCAGUUAAAUCAUAUCCUGGUUGCCGAUGACCAUCUUCCUGAAAACAUCAUUCUUGUAAACACUUCUGACUGGCAGGGCCAGCUUCUUUCAGAUAUCUUGCAAAAACAUGACCUUCCUCUCGUCUGCACUUGCUCCCCAGCUGAUAUUCAAGCUGCUUUUAAUACAAUAAUAUCCAGAAUACAACGAUACUGUAAUUGCAAUUCACAACCUCCUAAUCCCGUGAAAGUGGCUGUAGCCGGGGCUCAGAAUUACCUCAGUGCUGUGCUCAGACUGUUUGUAGAGCAGCUGUCACACAAGACUCCAGACUGGCUGGGAUACCUGCGGUUUCUUAUCAUCCCUUUAGGUUCUCAUCCAGUGGCUAAGUACCUUGGCUUUGUGGACUACAAAUACAAUAACCUCUUCCAGGAUCCAGCCUGGAGAGACCUUUUCACAAAAUUGGAUUCACAAGCUUCAGAUUUUGCCUCUCUGUCUGCAUUACAAGACCAUCCAGAUGUAGUUUCCCGUGUUACACAAUAUAUUGCUGGAGCAAACUGUGCACAUCAGCUGCCUAUAGCAGAAGCUAUGCUAACUUACAAACAGAAAAGGAAAAAAAGUUUUCAUUUUGAUUUUAUUAUAAGUCCUCAUGAGGAUUCCUCACAGAAAUUUAUACCUUUUGUAGGGGUUGUAAAGGUUGGCAUUGUUGAACAGUCCUCAGCAACUUCAGGAGAUUCGGAUGAUGCUGCACCAUCCAGUUCCAUUGUACUUUCAUCCACCCCUCCCUCCGUUUCACCAGUUAUCAAGGAAGCAUCACCAACACCACCUUCAUCCCCGUCUGUUACAGCUGGGCUUUCUUCACCCAGCCAAAGUACAGGAAAUGAACUUAUGGGGCUUCAGUUGGACUACUGGAUAGCUGCUCCAGUCAUUGAAAAGAAGAAGGAUACUGAGAAAAGGGAGUCCUCCUCUGCUAAGAACACUUUGAAAUGCACUUUCCAGUCGCUGCAGGUCAGCAGGCUUCCCAACAACAAUGAGAUCUCAGCCACUCCCACAAUGUCGAUGACAGUGGUCACAAAGGAGAAAAACAAAAAAGUUAUGUUUUUGCCUAAAAAAACUAAAGAUAAAGAAGUUGAAUCCAAAUAUCAGUGCAUAGAAGGCAUCAGUAGAUUAAUUUGCACUGCAAAGCAUCAGCAGAAUAUGCUUAGAGUUAUAAUCGAUGGCGUGGAAUGGAAUGAUGUCAAGUUUUUCCAGCUAGCUGCACAGUGGUCGUCUCAUGUCAAGCACUUCCCCAUCUGUAUAUUUGGACAUUCAAAAUCCAACUUCUAGCCUUCUACCACAGGGGUCUUGUCACUGCUGCCCUCCUUCUCAAGACUGGAUGUUUGGAUAGCCAACACUAACUAGUGCCAACUACUAUCUCGAACUGAAGCCCAUCCAGCUCCUUUCCUUUGCUUUAUUUUUAUUUUUUACCGUUUUUUUUAUUCAGAAUAUUUAAAGUUAAGUUUGAAGUCACGUUUUUGUAUUUUUUAAUUUUACAACCAUAGGAGGACAUCAUCAAAAUGAAAAGUCUUAAACAUACUGCUUACCCAGCAGUAAUUUUGGUACUCCUUUAACUGGGUAAAAAGAUGCACUGCUAACUAAUGUGUUACAUGUAGAGUUGGGUUAGAUUGGUGAUUUCAGUGUGUGUGUGUGUAUGAAUUUUAGGUUGGCCUAUGAUUGAAUUAAACUAGUACUAUGCCAUUCAUGGUCUUGCACUUUGUUGAAACUUUCUGCCAGGAUGGAUCUUUUUGCCACUCUGUUACAUUUUUUGUGAAAGGAAAUUAUAUUCCUCACAACUACUCCGAAUUCAGUGGAGCAGCUGCAGCUUUAUCUUUUCUGCUGCGAGGGUGCUUUGUUACUUUAGUGAAUUUUGAGCUUUGUCAUUUUCCAAAUAGGAUAGGCACAAUAGUUAAAUAGGAGCUGAAGUUAAUUUUGUGUUUAUUAAAAGUCAGCAGCUACAAAAACUUUAGCUGCUGAGUUUUAAUGAACAGAAACUCGCCUGUCUCGGGAACCAGCAAUGUGCUCACCUGAGCCAUUCCUUCUCUCGGUCUUCUGUCCGCGGUUUUUACAGCCAAGUGCCCACUGUGCAUGCGCAUGCUGCACAUUGUGAAUAGUCCCACAGUCUUUAAGGACCUAGGCGAUACAAGCGGAAGUGGAAGCGUAUACAUGUCUAAAUCGGUUACCUCCAAGAAAAAGUGUAAUUUGGUGAGGGAGAUCCUAAAGCAUAACUUCCUCUUUUGGGUCGAGCUCCCCUUUAGGAAUAAUUUAUACUUGUUUUAAUAUUUAACAAACUGAGGGAUCUUAACAUUAUGAGAUGUAAUGAGAAAUUAUUUUAAUGGAGUUGUUUGAUAAAGCCACUCAAAUUAUGUUUCACAACUUACACAUCUUGGUAGGACUUGUGUUGAUCUGACUUCACCGACACUGUGGUUUAAUGUAUUCUAAUAAAAUAGAGUUCACUUUUUUCCACACAUAGUGGUUACUAUCUUCAUACUGCAUUCUAGGAUAUCUAAACAGAGCUACUAAGCUUCUCAAUA